AUGAAGACCAAUGUAUCAUUUGGCAUACAGGCCGGCAACCCUGCCAUAGAAAGCGUCCACCAUAGCUUGCACAUACAGAUUGAGGAACUUGUACUGCUCACAACAGUGUACAGAGCCCUAGUUUUUGCCUACUCAUUGUUGUAUAGAUCAGCAGUGGUGUACACAGUGGCAUCUAUCUACACUGACAAAGAAUUGUCUUACACAAACGUUAUGAGAAUCGUGCCCAGAAUAUGGAAGCAUCUUAUCUUCACUUUUCUCUGGUUUUUCCUUAUUAUGUUUCUAUACUGUGUGGCCAUCAUGGGCGCCCUAUUUUUCUGGUUAUUGAUAUCCGAUGUGUGUCCAUAUGCCAACACUCUCUUUGUUGGGGUGCUUGUUAUUGUCAUCGUUGCUUUACUUUUCCACAUGUAUAUCGUUAUGGUGUGGGAGCUUGCCAUCGUGGUGUGCGUGGAGCAGGAUAUACAGAGAUUGGAUGCUAUGAAGAAAAGCAAACAAUUUAUGAAAGGAAAGAGGGUCACAGCGUUGACACUGUAUGUUUUGUACACGUUGGUUAUGGGUGGCGUUCAGAGCUAUUCAGUGUAUAGAAAUGGGGAGCAAGUGAUUAGCAUGGGAGUUAUUGUGGUGGUGGUGGUGUUUCAGUGUGUUGUUGAUUUAGUAUGGCUGCUCACCCAUGUCGUCCUUUACUUUGUCUCCAAAUCCUGUCACCGUGAGGACAUAGAUAAGUCGGCCUUGUCCAAUCAUUUGGAGACGUAUAAUGGAGGCUAUGUACUUCUCUAG